AUGAGAGUUUUCAUACCGCUUUUCCUCAUUGUCGCAACCGCGAACGCCAAUUGGUUCUCGAAAAAUACCGGUUCCUCCCCCGCAAAGGAGUGGUCUGAUUGGGAUCAAGAUAAACUAAACGAUUGGCUCAAUGAGCACAGAAUCGGGGUGCCAAAGGGAUCCUCAAAAGAAGAGCUUCAGACACUCGUCGGAGAAAACUGGUAUGCCGGCCAAGAGUGGACUCAGAAGCAAUUCGGUGACCUCGCGGCUCGCUACAAGAAUGUGAAACAAUCCUCUAUCGAUUCGUGGACUGAGAGCGAAACUCGUGAUUGGCUUCAAAAACAUGGCGUUGUUCCUCCUCCGUCCUCUCCGCUUGACAAGUUGAAACAGCUUGCUUACAGACAAUACCGCGCCUACCAAUCUGCCUCUUCCUCUCUCGCUGACAAAGUCUCUACUUCCAUUUACGGCGCCAAGGGAUACCAAGCCGAAAAGACAAUUUCGAGUCUGUCACAAACCGCAACCUCUCUGCCGUCUUCUGCUUCUCAGGCUAUCCAGUCCAUCAUUUCGGACGCUAGUGACUAUACUCAAGAGAGGCUUGACGACACAAAGGAUUAUGUCUUCUCGACUUGGGACAACAAUCAACUGAGGUUGUAUCUUGAGGAGAAAGGUGUUAUUGAACCAACCUCUGAGCUCACUCGCAAUGAGCUUCUUGCCAAGGUCAAGGGGGCAUACUUAAGUGUCUCGGAUCCUAUUUGGAGUGCAUGGAGUGAUUCGUGUCUCUUCAAUUGGCUUCACUCUCGUGGUCUCGUCAGCACUGACGAGGAGAAGAAGCGCGACCAACUGGUUAAAGCUGCAGAGAAGUACUACUACAAUGCCAAGGACAAUGUAUAUGACUCUUGGACUGAGUCUCAACUCCGUGAAUGGCUCAUCGAUCACAACGUCAUCAAGUCUGAUGCCCAGAUUCGAAGGGAGAAGCUUGAAAGGCUUAUCAGAGAUAAUUAUGUGACCGCACUUGACACUGUUUGGGGUGGCUGGACGGAUUCCGAGCUGAGGAGCUGGCUCAUCGAACAUGGUUAUCUUCGCUCGGAUGCCCAAGUCAAGCGUGACGAACUCGUCAAAUUGAUGAAUGACAAGUAUACAGACGUUGCUACGACUGUCGCUGCGUACCUUACUUGGCCAGAUGCUCGUCUCCGCGCCUACCUCCGCACCCAUGGUGUCGACGACGCAUACGUUCCGACAUCUCGUCCUAGCCUUCUUCAUGAAGUCCGUAUCCGAUGGGUUCGAACGAGUAAUCGUGUUGAGGAGAUACUCCAGAAGAUUCGCGAUGCUAUUUCGCAUAGUGCAGAAUCUGUUGAAGAGCGCCUGGCCGACGUUCUCUCCCUUCUCACCGGCACUGCGCACGACGCCAGGGAAUACACCAAGACGAAGGUCGCCGAGGGAUACGAGUAUGCCUCGGAGAAGGGCGAGGAAGGAUAUGAGUAUGUGCAAGGGAAGGGACAUGAAGGACAGGAAUACCUUACUCAAAAACAGAAAGAGAAAGCUAGCAGUUUGAGCGGUGCUGCUGGCAAGACGAGUAGGGGUGCCAAACAGGAGUUGUAG